UUCUACCCAAUUUGCGUGGACUAUCCCAGCGACCUUUGACCUUACACAACUAGGAAGUUGUGACCAGGGGAAACCCCAUGCCAAGCAACAGAAAAAUAAGACGAACUCUCAAGAAAUUGCAGCCGGUUUGAGACUUGCUACUUCGAGAGAAUAUCCAGGUUCCAACUUGAAGGAUUUUUUACCAAAUGACUCUUUUGUCACCAAACUUGAACAAGAAGUCUCAAGACCAUAGUAAAGGAAGCCAUCCAAAUACCCGGACUUUUUCCCCCCCCAUGUUUCUGACUGUUCCAGCUUUUAUUCAUGUCCAUCCGCCGAACAUUAUCCAAGAUCUCCCGUAGAGUCAUGUCAUCUGACUCGGACCACAAGUCCGCUGCCCUGGACGCAGACCCUCUGGCCACGCAGCCGCAGAAAGCGUGGGACCAACGGAAGGUGGUUCAGACUGCGGCAAAGGUGGACCCGGUUCCGUUCGACAAGGAGAAGCCGCCCGGACAUGUACGGUUCGUCUGCGUGUCGGACACCCAUUCCAGGAGCGACAGGAUGGGAGCGAUUCCGGACGGGGACGUUUUGCUCCACGCGGGAGAUUUCACCGACCUUGGACACUUGCAGAAAGUGAAGGACUUCAACACUUGGUUAGGAACACUUCCCCACCCUUAUAAGGUCGUCAUUGCCGGCAACCAUGACCUGACCUUUGACCCUAAACUGAUGCAAGAGAUCCGGGCGGGAAAGCGCCCCAUGUUCUGGGCGGUCCGUGACGAAGAAGCAGAAACAGCAAAAUCGCUCCUCACGAACUGCAUCUACCUGGAAGACUCAGAAACCAACGUGAUGGGAAUCAGGAUUUGGGGGUCUCCAUGGCAGCCAUGGUUCUAUGACUGGGCGUUUAACGAGGAAAGAGGAAAACCCAUUCUGGACAAGUGGAACCUCAUCCCUGAGGGGGUCGACAUUCUGGUGACGCAUGGGCCUCCACUGGGUCACGGUGAUGUCACUAUCACAGGUCAGCACGUCGGCUGUGUCGAUCUGCUCAACACCAUUCAGAAAAGAGUCAAACCAAAGUACCACAUCUUUGGCCACAUACAUGAAGGUUAUGGCAUAACAACAGAUGGAACCACGACAUACGUCAACGCUUCAGUCUGUACAGUACGUUACCAGCCUGUCAACCCACCAAUCGUAUUUGAUCUUCCGACACCCGAAGAAGCCAUGAAACAGCUCGCAAAAGAACUCGACCUGGAUUAAAGAAAAGAAAAAAAAAAAAACAGCCAAAUCUCACUGUGCAAGUGGGAAAAUUUUAUCUGCAAUUUUUCUCUUUUUCUCCCAAUUUUGAAAAUAUUGAUUGUGUGAAAAGUGUAACCCAUGGAAUGUAGUGAAAACUUAAGGAAGGUUUACUUGUAAAAUGGUGAUAUUAUUUUGUGUGAUGCAGAUAACAUAUCAAAUUUUUACCAUUGAGGGUUUUCCGAAAUGAGAUGUGUAACAACUGUAUCAAACAGACUUUAAAGCUUGCCUACAAAAAAUUGAUAUUAUCAAUGAUUAUCUUUUGUCAUAAUAAAAGAUUUAGGUGCAUGAUCAUGACUCACUAUGGCUAGGGCUGAUGAUAUUACAGGCUUAUUAGAAAUGUGUUGUCUUCCCCCCAUUGCUUCUAUUGAGACUGACUUAAGGUAUCAAAAUGAUUUACUCUCCUUCAUCAGAUCUGAAAGGAAAAUGUGUAAUCAACUUCUCUAAACAUUCAGGCGUGCAGCUGAUUUGUAGAUGACAUUGCUUGAAAUUGUGAUCAAAAUGUUGAUAAUUUCAAUUACUGUUUAUAUAACUUUGAUCAUGAUUAAUGUAAGAGAAUAUGAAUGACCUUUCCUUUAUUUAUUGAUGUUAUGUAUCACUACAAAAAGGAUAGAUUGGAAAAACAGUACUGAUACUUAAAUCAUUGUGUCACAACAUUGUUUGACUUCCUGCAAUUUGAAGUUAUCUUUAUGACUUGAUUUCAUCUUUAAUGCUGCAUUUAUUGCACAGGAUAUGCAAGAAUUCAAUUCCAACUUACAGGGAAUACACCAAGGGGUAUUUUUGAGGGCUAUUGUGAAAAUAGCAACAAAAUUUCACAAAGAAGACAAAACAAAAAAAUAUAGAAUGCAAGAGCAUCUACACAUAAGGAAAUAUGCAAAUCAGAGAUUUUCAUUUUAAUCUGGAAACUGAAAAUAAUGUGUGAAUUGUGUGAACAUCACAGAACUUCUAUAGGUUAAAAUGAGCCACAAAUUAAUGUUGGUCAACUGCUUUGAUCAGCCAAUAUUCAAGACUUUACAUUUCACAGAAGAGAUUAAAAAAAGGAUUGGUUUGAAAACAAGAAAUUGUAGGAGUUAAAUUAAACACGACAUCAAUAGAGGGUCAUCAAUAUUCAUGCAAUAAGUUUUUGUCCUGUUGAGAGAUUGUAUUUAAUGCACUUCUUUCUACAUAAUCAACUGAGAUAUUUAGACGUAUCUUUGGGUUCAAAAAUUGACAAGUACAUGUAUGUAGUAUUGAAAAUCGAUUGAAUGAUCUGUAUUCUAUUGUUUUAGACAGAAUUAUUCUAUCAUGAUUGUUUUAUCAUAGUGAAGAUGUAUUUUGGAUUUUAUUAUGUUUUUGACAAAUUCUUAAGUAAUGUUGCAUGGAAAAAGACACAUUUUGUAUCCAUGCUGUAUCCAUGAAUUUAUGACUUUGAAUUUUGUGUAAGAAAACCUAAGAUAAAAAGUUUGUUUUGAGUUUUGUUACAUCAUACCUUUUGUGUGUGUAUAGUUUUGUUACAUGGGUAUGUAACGUUAUAAUCAUAAUGUGAGGCAAAAUAUCAAAUGAACGCAACAAAGAAAAAGAAUAUGAUUUAAACACCAUUACAAAUGAUAAACAAUGUAAGAUAAACUACUUUUUUGUGAUGAUUAACAUUAUCCCAUAACAGAAGUGCACUGGAAGACAAAUUGUAAAUAUAAAGUGAAGGAAAAUAAAUAGGAUAUCAGUUUUGAACUAUAGUAUGUCAUGUAUCAUAGAAGAAGUGCUUCAAGCCUACAGGUAUCUUGAUAACAAUAUGGAACCCAUGUUUGAAGCUGAACUGGUGUUUGUGUAUUUGGAAGAUGUAUUUCAAUGAAAAGUCAGAAGUAUGGUGUCUAAUUUUUUUUUAGUUUUUAUUGUGAAGCACAGUGAAUAAAUAACGGAAAUGGAAAA